GAGAGGCUCAAUGGCAAGAUGUGGCGGAUAUUUUGAAGAUGCCGCGAUCGGAAGUUUCAGCCAAGUGGAACAGCCUUCGCUGCUCUUUCCGCGCGGCCUUCAAUAGAAAGGACAUACCAAAAGUGGGCAAGGAGCAGGAAGAGCGACUGCAAUGAGGCCGCUUUACAAUUCCCUCAAAUUUCUUGAGCCGACAUUGAAAAUUGAGGCCAGCACAACAUCAAAUUUAGGAAAUAAGUGCCCGUCGCCGCUGACCUCAUCUGGAUCCCCAUGUGACGCUGAAACAAAUGUGGAGUCUGACGAUUCACAGCCAACGCCAUCAACAUCACGAGCAGCGGGAGUACGACGUCGUGUUCAGAAAGAUGAUGAUGGGUUUUCCGAGGUGGUUGAACGUGCGUUAGAGACCAUGUCAGCAGCUGGGAAAAGUGAUGCUUGGGAUGAUUUGGGUAACUUCAUUGCCUCAAAUGGUCGUGAAUGGGCAGCAGAAAGCCCGCAACUGGCAAAGGAGUUCAAGGCCGACAUGUAUGAAAUGGUGUUCAAUUAUCAGGAGAAAUUCGCACGGCCAAUAAUGACGCAUUUUUUGUAAUUUUUAUGCUUUCCGCUACGUUGAGAGGAAAAACCUUUUGAGCUAAGUCUCAUUCAAUCUCAUUGUUUUUAUUAUAUUUAUCAACAUAUGUUAGUCAUAAGCAAGCCAAAUGAAAUGUGCCUUAUUUUUUAUUAUACUUAUUUAUUUUUUCUGUUUUUUUUUACAGUAUGCGGCCAAAAAAUUACCAACGGGACUCAGAUAUUUGUAUUUUCAAGUUUCUCCGAUUCUUUUAAUUUUGCUUAAUGUUUUAAGGCUUUAGUGAACUCAAUAACAUAAAGCAUAUAAA